AUGACAAGCAAGGGAUUGGAUGGUGAGUGUUUGCAGUUAGUGUUACCAGAAUGUCUUAGACCACAGGUAAUGGAGUCUCUGCAUGAUUGUUCUGGACACCAGGGUCGUGAGAGGACAGUUGCACUGGUGAGUAAAAUAUGUUACUGGCCAGGAAUGCAGGCAGACGUGAUCAAAUGGAUCGAGAGAUGUGAAAGAUGCAAGAUUGCUAAAACACCAGUUCCAACAAUUAGGCCAUCAAUAGUGUUCCCUAGCGGAACAUACGGGGUGGAGUGUAGGUUUAAGUGUGGUCAGUGUAGAGAUGGCGUGGCUUGUCAUCACGUGUCAGGCACGUGUGUCAGUGGAUGUGAGCCGGGGUACACUGGUCAGGCCUGUAAUAAAGUUUAUCCCUACGGUCAGUAUGGAGAUAAAUGUGAGAAGUUCUGUGGAGCGGAUGCUAAGUGUAACCCUGUCACCGGAGAAUGCUGUGGUUGUACUGAGCUACUUAAGUCAGUGAAGGAGAAGGACGCCAAUCUUGACCACGAGGAGAAGGUCGUGAUAGGUCUGGCCGUCCCUCUGGGGGUCUCCCUCCUCCUCAACUGUAUCCUGUGCUCCGCCACCUGCUACUUCUACAUCAUCUACAAGGAGGAAAUCGUCAAGAAACGGGACGAGAGGGACGAGAAAAACGAACACUUUCUAAAUUAA